AUGAAGCUCUCCGUGCUCUCCAUCAUCUCUCUUUACCUGACCGGCACAGCCGUCGCCCGUCCAACCGCCACUACCCGCACUGUCCAGAACUCAAAAAUAAACGAAAGCCAUCUUCUCGCCCGUGAGGGUGGCCGGAAGUGUGGAAAUCGCCGAUACCCGUACAAAUACCUGAACCAGGGCGAUGAUGGACCCGAAGUCGAGUUUUCGGGACUCUGCGUCGAAUCGGGCGCCAACUUGUUCGAGUGGCCAAUUCUACGAAACGGAGAGCUUUUUGGUGACGAAGGGAGAAAAGUAAAGGGCGAUGACCGGGUCAUUGUUGCCACCUACAAGCCUCCAAAUGACGCGCCCGAGGUUUCAACCUACUGUGGCAUGAUCACUCAUGAAGGGGCCAGUCGGCAGGGUGGCUUUAUCAAGUGCCAGUAA